UAUUCACUCCUGCGUGCCUUGGCCUCUUCAUGGCCCUUCAUCCCCUCUCUGUCUGCCCCUCCCACAGGCCACCGAGGCCAGCUCAUCCUCAUUAGUAUGUUACGUAACGUUGGUGGGGGUUUAGAUAAAAAUGUGCGCCUGUGCCUUCAAGAGUGGGAUGAAGGUGCUGGGAAGUGGACUGUGGCAAAUUAAAUGAGUUUGUGUGUGUGUCCGUGUAUGUGUUUGUUUGUAUGCCUGUGUGUGUGUGUGUGUGUGUGUGUUUCAGGCGGUGCAUUUGGUCAGCGGAGACACGCAAAAUGCAAAAAGUACACACACAGUAUCUCUUCCUAUUUAGAAUGGUCUCUUCACAUAUGUAUGUUUUUUCACUCCAAGUGUCAGUUCCUCUGCUAAAAGCAGUCUAUGUUGAACAUUUCAUGUCAUUUGAAGUCCAUUUAUCUAUUUAUUUAACACAAGGAACAAAUACAUUUAAAAUAUAUUUAACAGAAUAAAAACCCCUUGAGAUGCACCUUUUUGAAGGGGUUCCUGUAACUGUUCCGCAAUAAGCCAGAACAACUGUCCGGUGGGGCCCUUAAUUUUUUUGGGCCGGUACAUGACUGCGAUGAUAAGUCCUCCUCACCACACCGAGUAUCACGGAGCAACCGUCCCGCCCACGCCAAGGUGAGAAAUAUCAGCUGAACCAGAGUCAUAUCAUGGAUCUGCCCGAAACUGCGCAGUAAUGUGUGAAUCGCUGUUCUCGAGUCUCCUAGUGCGCCCAGAUGACAGGACAUGCCUGAUCCGUGACUUGCUCCAGAUGUGAUGUCGAGGAAUGCUACAGGCACCUCACAGCUGGCUCAGUUUUGCGGUCGCUGGAAUGGACGGCGAUACGGGGGCAGCGGGGCUAGAGGCGGCCGAGGGGCCGGGUGAAGAAACAACUACGCCUCUCGGUAAGCCCAUUGUCCAGGACCCGACAGUGGAAUUCGCCAGGAGGUGCAGUCUGAUAAUAAGUGAUAUCAAAUAUAAAGAAGAGUAUGAAAAGUCGAAGGGCCAGAGCCUCUUUGUCCCUGAGAUUGAGUUCCAGCAUGCCAAGAACCUGGGGGAGUACAUCUCCGAGAUGAAGUACAAGGAGGAAAGCAAGAAGGAGGUAUCCACCUCUCUGUACUCCCAGCUACCUGAAACCCUAGAAACACAGCACGCUAAAGUGGUCUCUCAGUUACAGAGCGAGAUCAAGUACAAGGAAAGCUUGAAAAUGGACAUUUCCAGUUCCCUUUACUCUCAGCUUCCAGAGACGACAGAGACCCAGUUUGUGAAGGAGCUCUCAGACCUGCAGAGUGAGAACAAGUACAAAGAGGAAGGGAAAAAAGAGGUUUCUACUUCCUUGUAUUCUCAACUGCCAGAAACCAAAGAGACUGAGUUUGCCAAAGUGGUGUCAGAACACCAGAGUGAGGCUAAAUACAAGGAGGCCGGAAAGAAGAAUGUGUCCAGCUCUCUGUACUCCAAAAUGCCCGAGACCCUGGAGACACAACAUGCCAAAGAGGCCUCCCAGUUACAGAGCGAGAUCAAAUACAAAGGGGGGAACAAAGGAACUUCAGCUUCUCUUUACUCACAGCUUCCAGAGACAGCUGAGAUUCAGCAUGCUAGAGAGCUCACAGAGAUGUUCAGUGACAACAAAUACAAAGAGAGUGGGAAAAGGAACAUGUCCAACUGCAUUUACUCUCAACUCCCAGAUACCACAGAGAUACAAUUUGUGAAAGCUAUGUCUGAUCUCCACAGUGAGACUAAGUACAAAGAGGCAGGGAAGAAAGAGGUAUCCAGCAGUCUUUAUUCACUGCUACCUGAGACAUUGGAGACCCAGCAUGCUAAGGAAGCCUCCCAGAUCCUGAGUGAGAUCAAGUAUAAAGAAGAUGGAAAGCAGGAGAUUUCCACCAGUCUUUAUUCUCUGCUGCCUGGGACAACAGAGACCGAGUUUGUUAAAGAGCUCUCUGACAUCCAAAGUGAGUACAAGUACAAAGAAGAUGGGAAAAAGAAGAUUUCCACUAGCCUUUACUCACAGCUUCCAGAGACGACUGAGAUGCAGUUUGCCAAACAGAUGUCAGAAAUGCAGAGUGAGGCUAAAUACAGGGAGGCAGGGAAGAAGCAGGUGUCCAGUUCUCUAUACUCCCAGCUCCCAGAGACCCUGGAGACCCAACAUGCCAAGGAAGCCUCCCAGUUACAGAGCGAGAUCAAGUAUAAAGAAGAUGGAAAAAAGAACAUUUCCAGUUCCCUUUAUUCACAACUUCCAGAGACAACACAGAUGCAGUUUGCAAGAGAAAUGACAGAUAUUCAGAGUGAGAAUAAGUACAAAGAAAAUGGGAAAAAGGGUAUAUCAAGGAGCAUUUACUCUCAACUCCCAGAAACUUCUGAGAUGCAGUUUGUUAAAGCUGUGUCAGAGCUCCAGAGUGAGACAAAGUACAAACAGCAAGGCAAAAUGCAGGCGUCCAGUUCUCUGUACUCUCAGCUACCAGAGACCCUGGAGACCCAACACGCCAAGGAGGCUUCCCAGUUACAGAGCGAGGUAAAGUACAAAGAGGGAGGAAAAAAAGACAUUUCCGCCAGUCUUUACUCUCAGCUUCCCGAGACAAUAGAGACUCAGUUUGCCAAGGAGAUCUCAGAUAUCCAGAGUGAGAUCAAGUACAAAGAAGGAUUGAAAGAGAUUUCUACCAGCCUUUACUCUCUGCUUCCAGAGACAGCAGAGACUCAGUUCUCUAAGCAGAUCUCGGAACUGCAGAGUGAGACGAAAUACAAGCAGCAAGGGAAGAAGGAGGGGAGCACCUCUCUGUACUCCCAGCUGCCGGAGACUCUGGAAACACAGCAUGCCAAGGAGGCCUCCCAGUUACAGAGCGAGAUCAAGUACAAAGAAGUUGGGAAAAAGGACAUUUCCAGUUCUCUUUACUCUUCACUUCCAGAGACAUCAGAGAUCCAGUUUGCGAGAGAAAUGACAGAAAUACAGAGCAAGAACAAGUACAAAGAAAAUGGGAAAAGAAAUAUUUCCACAAGCAUUUACUCCCAGCUCCCAGAGACCCCAGAGACCCAAUUUGUCAAAGCGGUUUCAGAGCUCCAGAGUGAGACUAAGUACAAGGAGGCCGGGAAGAAGCAAGUGUCCAACUCUCUGUACUCCCAACUACCAGAAACCCUGGAGACCCAGCAUGCCAAAGAGGCCUCCCAGUUACAGAGUGAGAUAAAAUACAAGGAAAAUGGGAAAAAGGGGAUUUCCAGUUCCCUUUAUUCUCAGCUUCCUGAGACUAUGGAGACUCAGUUGGCCAAAGAACAUUCAGACCUGCAGAGUGAGGUGAAGUAUAAAGGUGGAAAGAAGGAAAUUUGCGCAAGUCUUUAUUCCCAGCUUCCAGAAACAAUGGAGACCCAUUUUGCUAAACAGAUGUCGGAAGUCCAGAGCGAGUUGAAGUACAAAGGAGAUAUCCAUAAGGAACUGGCAAAUUCCUUGUAUGCACUGAUGCCCCAUACAAGGGAGAUGCAGUUUGCUAAGGAAAUGUCGCAGCUUUUGAGUGAGACUAAAUACAAAGAGGUGGGGAAGAAGGAGGCAUCCAUUUCUCUGUACUCUCAGCUGCCAGAGACCCUGGAGACCCAGCAUGCCAAGGAGGCUUCCCAGUUACUGAGCGAGAUAAAGUAUAAAGAAGAGGGGAAAAAGGAGGCUUCAUCUUCUCUUUAUUCCCAGCUUCCAGAAACAGCAGAGAUACAGCUUGCCAGAGAGCUCACAGAGAUACAGAGUGAGAACAAGUACAAAGAACGUGGUAAACAAAAUAUUGCUUCAAGUAUUUAUUCUCAACUCCCAGAAACCACAGAAACCCAGUUUGUGAAAGCUGUGUCAGAACUCCAGAGUGAGACUAAAUACAAGGAGUCAGGGAAGAAGCAGGUGUCCAGUUCUCUGUACUCUCAGCUACCUGAAACCCUGGAGACUCAACAUGCCAAGGAGGCUUCCCAGUUACAGAGCGAAGUGAAAUAUAAGGAGAAAGUGAAGAAGGACACUUCCAGGUCCCUCUACUCUCAGCUUCAUGAGACAGCUGAGAUUCAGUUUAACAAAGAGAUUUCAGAGAUCCAAAGUGAGGUCAAAUACAAAGAGGGUGGAAAGAAAGUGAGCUCAACCAGUCUUUAUUCACAGCUUCCUGAGACAACAGAGAUCCAGUUUGCUAAACAGAUAUCGGAAAUCCAGAGUGAGUUGAAGUACAAAGGAGAUAACCAGAAGGAACUGUCAAAUUCCCUGUAUGCACAGAUGCCCCAUACAAGGGAGAUACAGUUUGCUAAAGAAAUGUCAGAGACAUUGAGUGAGAAUAAGUACAAAGAAGCAGGGAAGAAGCAGGCCUCUACUUCACUGUAUUCUGUGCUGCCAGAGACCAUGGAGACCCAGCACGCCAAAGAGGCCUCCCAAUUACAGAGCGAUAACAAGUAUAAAGAGAGCAGCAGACAGACUCUCUCCAGUAGCCUCUAUUCCCAGCUCCCACAGACUACAGAGAUCCAGUUUGCCUCAGAAAUAUCUGCCAUUCAAAGCGAGAACAGGUACAAAGAAUGUGGGAAGAGGAACAUUUCCAAUAGUAUUUAUUCUCAACUCCCAGAGACCACAGAGACCCAGUUUGUGAAAGCCAUGUCAGAACUCCAGAGUGAGACUAAAUACAAGGAGGCAGGGAAGAAGCAGGCGUCCAGUUCUCUGUACUCUCAGCUACCUGAAACCCUGGAGACUCAACACGCCAAGGAGGCUUCCCAGUUACAGAGCGAAGUGAAAUAUAAGGAGAAAGUGAAGAAGGACACUUCCAGGUCCCUCUACUCUCAGCUUCAGGAAACUUCUGAGAUUCAGUUUAACAAAGAGAUUUCAGAGAUCCAAAGUGAGGUCAAAUACAAGGAGGGUGGAAAGAAAGAGAGCUCAACCAGUCUUUAUUCUCAGCUUCCUGAGACAACAGAGAUCCAGUUUGCUAAACGGAUAUCGGAAAUCCAGAGUGAGUUGAAGUACAAAGGAGAUAACCAGAAGGAACUGUCAAAUUCCCUGUAUGCACAGAUGCCCCAUACAAGGGAGAUACAGUUUGCUAAAGAAAUGUCAGAGACAUUGAGUGAGAAUAAGUACAAAGAAGCAGGGAAGAAGCAGGCCUCUACUUCACUGUAUUCUGUGCUGCCAGAGACCAUGGAGACCCAGCACGCUAAAGAGGCCUCUCAAUUACAGAGCGAGAACAAGUACAGAGAGAGUAGCAGACAGACUCUCUCCAGUAGCCUCUAUUCCCAGCUCCCACAGACUACAGAGAUCCAGUUUGCCACAGAGAUAUCUGGCAUUCAAAGCGAGAAUAGGUACAAAGAACGUGGGAAGAGGGACAUUUCCAAUAGUCUUUAUUCACAACUCCCAGAAACCACAGAGACGCAGUUUGCCAAAGCUGUGUCUGAACUCCAGAGUGAGACCAAGUACAAGCAACAAGGGAAGAACGGAGUGUGCGCUACUCUGUACUCUCAGCUACCUGAAACCCUGGAGACCCGACACGCCAAGGAGGUCUCCCAGUUACUGAGCGAGAUCAAAUACAAGGUAGAGGGAAAAAAAGAGGUUUCUUCUUGCUUAUAUUCUCGAAUGCCAGAGACCGCCGAGAUCCAGUUUGCCAAAGCAGUGUCGGAACUCCAGAGUGAGAAUAAAUACAAGCAGAAAGGUAAAGAGGAGAUUUCCAACAGCAUUUUCUCUCAACUUCCAGAGACGACUGAGACCCAGUUUGCUAAACAAAUGUCGGAAAUGCAGAGUGAGCAAAAGUACAAAGGAGAAACCCGGAAGGAACUGUCAAAUUGCUUGUAUGCACAGAUGCCCAACACAGUUGAAACCCAGUUUGUUAAAGAACUGUCGCAGUCUCUGAGUGAGAGUAAGUACAAAGAAGCUGGGAAAAGGGAGUUUGCCAACUCCCUGUAUGCCCAGAUGGCACAAACAAGUGAAACCCAGCAUGCUAAAGAGGUGUCCCUGCUUGUCAGCGAGAGAAGUUACAAAGAAGAGGGUAAGAAGAACUCUGCCACCUGUCUGUAUGCCCAGAUGCCCCAGACCAUUGAAACGGUGUUUGCCAAAGAAGUGGGAAAGCACCAGAGUGAUAAACUGUACAAAGAGAAGUUCAAUGCAGAAAAGGGAAAGUCGAGCUACACGAACAUGAAGACCCUACCUGAUGUCGCCCACGCCAUGGAAGUUAACAAAAAACAGAGCGAGGUUGCCUACAGAAAAGGGAAGGAGGAACUUCACAAGUUCACUGAGGUGGCAGACAGACUAGACAUCCUCAGCGCCAGGCAGACCAGCAGGCUAGUCAGCGAUGUUGCCUAUAAGAGUAAAACCAAGACUGAUGUCUACAACGAGCAAUCUGUCCUUGGACGGUCUGACAUUGAGCAUGCCAAAGAGGCCUCCAAAUUGGCUAGUCAGGUGAAGUACAAGGAAAAGUUUGAGGACCAGAAAGGGCAGAAGCCCCAGUACAACCCAGUGGAGUGUUUGUCCUUUAAACACACCCAGGCUGCCUCUGUUCUUGCCAGUCAGGUGAAGUACAAGAGUGACCUACAGCAGAUACAUGAGCCUUCCACUGACCUGCCGAAUCUGCUGCUCCUGGAACACGUGUUGCAAGCCAGCAAGCUGCAGAGCAAUCUGGAAUACAGGAAGAAAUAUGAGCAGUCUAAGGGCCAGUACCACUUUGCCUUGAACACGGCUGAACAGCUCCACCACAGGGAGAACGCGGUACUGCACAGCCAGGUGAAAUACAAGGAGAAGUAUGAGAAGUCCAAAGGCAAGUCACAGCUGGAGUUCAUGGAUACUCAGUCCUACAAAGUGUCCAAAGAAGCUCAGAAAAUGCAGAGUGAGAGGGAAUACCGGAAGGAGUAUGAUGACAACAUCCGGGGAAAGGCUCUGAUGGAGCUGGAUAUGACCCCUGGGUACUUGCAUGCUCGCCAUGCUAGCAGCCUCCUGAAUGAGAAGGAGUACAGGAAGGAUCUUGAGACAGAGAUCCGUGGGAAGGGCAUGGAGGUCAGUGCAGAGCUGCCAGAGAUCCAGAGGGCCAAGAGGGCCUCCCAGAUGGCCAGCCAGAAAGAGUACCGUAAGGACUUGGAAACAGAGAUUGUAGGGAAGGGCAUGGAGGUGAGUGCGGAUGUACUGGAGAUACAGAGAGCCAAGAAAGCCUCGGAGAUCACUAGCCAGACCUCCUAUAAACAGCUGUCUCAGCUGAGGGAGAAUUCAUACGGCACAGUUACGGACACUCCAGAGCUCCUCCAUGCCGCCUACCUAAAGGACGUAUAUAGCCAGAAAAAGUACAAGGACGAAGCGGAGAAGCUAAAGGGCUCGUACGCAGUGAUGUCAGACACUCCAGAGAUGGAGAGAGUGAGGAACAGCCAGAGGAACAUCAGCUCGUUGCGAUACUCAUGGGACUCAAAGCUGCUCAGGAGCUUGAUGUCAUCAGUCACUGAAACUCCUGAAAUCAUCCUCGCCAGGGAGAACUCUAAGAAAAUCAGCAAUGUGCAGUACAGGGAAGAGGUGGGCACAGGGACUGCCGUGAAGGACACCUUUGAGAUGGAGAGGGUCCGGAGGAACCAGGAGAACAUCAGCACCGUGCAGUACAGGAAAGAGGUGGGCACAGGGACUGCCGUGAAGGACACCCCUGAGAUGGAGAGGGUCCGGAGGAACCAGGAGAACAUCAGCACAGUGCAGUACAGGAAAGAGGUGGGCACAGGGACUGCUGUGAAGGACACCCCUGAGAUGGAGAGGGUCCGGAGGAACCAGGAGAACAUCAGCACAGUGCAGUACAGGAAAGAGAUGGGCACAGGGACUGCUGUGAAGGAUACCCCUGAGAUGGAGAGGGUCCGGAGGAACCAGGAGAACAUCAGCACAGUGAAAUAUAAGAAACAGCUGGGCCAAGCCACUCCUGUAGGAGUGACUCCAGAGAUGGAGAGAGUUCGUCAGAACCAGGAGAACAUCAGCUCGUCCUCCGUCAGCUCAAGUGCAUCAACGUCACUGGUGAAGUACCAGCGGGGGUUGCAGGCGAUGAAGGGGCGGGCUUGCUCGGCGGUGGACACGCCCGAGCUGAGGCGUGUUAGGAAGUCGCAGAGCAGCAUCUCCAUGGCGAAAUACCAUGAAGACUUUGAGCGGACGAAGGGCCGAGGGUUCACCCCGGUGGUGGACGACCCGAACUUGGAGCGAGUCCGCCGGAACAACCGGGUGAUAAGCGACGCGGCGUACAAGGGGGUGCACCCGCAAGUGGUGGAGAUGGACCGCAGGCCAGGCAUCAUCGUCGACCUGAAGGUGUGGCGUACUGACCCAGGCUCCAUCUUUGACUUUGACCCUGUGGAGGAUAACAUUCAGUCUAAAAGUCUGCAAAAAAUGUCGGAGCGUGCAAACCGCCUUAGCCGCCAGCAGUCUCAGCAGUCUCUGCAUUCCCAGACCCAGUCAGUGAGCUCCCUGGGGUCUGAGCUGUGGGACAAGAGUCUGUCUGUCUACAGCAGCAGCUCUGCACAGCAGUCACAGGACAGAGCCCCCGUCCUGCCUGGAGCGUACCAACAGAGCGGGCACCAGCAGGGGUAUGGCUACAUGCACCAGACCAGCAUGUCGUCUGUGAGAUCUGUGCAGUCGCCCCCUCAUUCCACCACCAUGCAAAGAGUAUACCGGGCACUGUACGACUACGCGGCGCAGGACCACGACGAGGUGUCCUUCCGGGACGGUGACGUCAUCAUCAACGCGCAGCCCAUCGACGAGGGCUGGAUGUUCGGAACGGUGCAGAGGACGGGAAAAUCCGGCAUGCUCCCCGCCAACUAUGUGGAGUGUUUAAACUAACUGUAAUGCCUGCGCCUUACGCUACGGGCACCCCAGCCCCAGUCCUGGAGGGCAUAUAGCAGGGUCUCUUUGAGUCACUACAUCUCGGCACCAGGAAGCGUAGUUCAGUUUGCGCCCUGUGGACACAGCGAUUUAGGGCUAACAAUCCUGGUUCUUCAGAGCCACAAUGGCCUAUGUCAACAAUGGACUAUGUCUUCAAUGAUCUUUGAGAAUUGAAAACAUUGUCAUGCAUAUUAAUUAUUACAGAAAGUUAUUCCUCCAAUGAAGCACAUGCAGUAUUUUCCUGAUAUUAAAAAGAGGAGAGAUUUGUGGCUUUGCUGGACCAGGGUUGGUCAGCCUGGAUAAAAGCUUGUAGAUACUACAAUCCUUCAUAAGUAGAGCUGGGAGAGUGUUUUCCCCUAUUUUAUUUUACUACCUUUUUCAUUUAGAAUUUAACUAACCUUUUAUUUUAUUUUUUUUAAGUGAUAGAAGCAUUGAGGAGAAUGACCUUUCAGUACUAAAAAUAAUAUAGUACUGUUGUCUUAUCUCUAUAACGCACUGCUUCAUGUUGCAUUUAGCACAACUGAUCUGACACUUUUUUUUGGUAGAUCUGCAACAUACAAGUAAUGCUGGUAGGCCUGGUAGUUAACAUAACUUCUUGCUGUGGGUUUAUUUGAGGCCUGUAUUACAGUUUCUGGUAUGCAAAAUGUUGGGGUUUAAUAGACACAAAUGUAUAUUUUGUCUUUAAAAUCAUAUAGAUAAGGGGUCACUGGUGAGACUAAAACUAAAAAAGACUUUCAAUUAGCAUUAAGCUACAAAUAUAAUAUAAUUUCUUUUUCGAAUGGUAAGUUAUGGGGUGUCAUGCUUUAUUUAUUCAGUACAAUAACUCGGGUUUACGCUUUGAUUUUGGGAUAGAAAUAUUGUAUGAACCUGAAAGGAUGCAAAACAGCCUCAAAUAUAUGGCAGAAAUGCUUGCCUUAAUCGAGGUUGCUGAGCAUUCUCGUGGAUCUCUGCCUGCACGACAUAGAAAUGCUAACGUAACAAAAUGUUGAAAAAAAAAGCUGAAAUAGUAAGUGAAUUCUGAAUUUAACAGAGGAUAACACCCCUUAAGUGCUGGGCAUGUACGCAACAUGGCAGCGCAAAACACGACUGCGGGUGCUGUAAGCUAAGCACUCACUGAAAACUUCAUCAACCUAUAUAAUUUAUAAGUUGGACUUUAUGUUUUGUAGCUUAUACAAGGUUGGGCUCUGCUUGUUAUAAUUUUUUUUUAAAUGUACUUUGACAGAAUUUUCACCAUCAAAAUCACGUGUGCACUUACAUAUGUUAUCUCGAUUGCCGGAUUGUUUCUUCUCUUGCUUCAUAGCCCCUUUACGCAUUUUCCCAGUACACAAUACUUUCAUUUUAGGGUUAAAUUAAAAUGGAUAGUUUAAACAGAGACGAAUAUUUAUUUGUUCUGAGAAUAACGAAAAAAUCAGAAACGGUGAUGUUUCGUUUAUACGAACCUUUUUGUCUUGACAUUCUGCUCUUCCUAGUAGAGAUGAAAAGAACAAGUAUUUUUUCCCCCCAGUGUUUAAGCAUCGUCACUGAUUUUUUUUGUUUAAGCUGAUAUAAUAGAUGAAUCUCAAAUGUCGUCACCUCUUGUUUUGUAAGCAGUUUAGUUUUGUUUCGUUAUUAAUUGCAGUGUGUCCCGUGAGAAAAUAAACAGCUUUGUCAAACCAGA